AUGUUCUCUCCAGCAUCGUCAGGACGCGUCACUACUACCAGCGAUGAUAGCGAUGGUUUGGUGGUUUCGAAAAAGACAGAGGCGCGUAGAAGGGGUACUAAAGCGCAGGAAUAUACGAUGAGUGGGGCGUUGGCUCCAGAGGAUAUAGGACCGACUCGCCUCAAGCCGCCAUCAAACCAGACAAGAGCUGCGAUCUCGAAAAUUGCUAGGGAGGCCGAUUAUGCAACAACGGUGGCCGAGGGGAAGGCAAGGCAGGGUGUAGCAGAAGCGGAGGCCGCAACUGAACCUGACCAAAUUCCAUCCUCGAUACCUACGGAGCCCGUUCCAGUGUCAAAGCCAUCUCUAAACCGCCUGGGAAACUCGUCGGCCACCAAGAGCACUCAAAUGGGCUUGGGAUCUAGGAUUGGCGAAACGCCCCGCCCACAACCAUCAAUGCUAGGUGCUACGUUCAAAAAGAGAGCCAGACAACCUAGCCUGCUCCAAAUGCUACAAACACAGAACGACCCGAGCGACGAUUUGGAUGACGAUGCAUUGGAUGACUUUCGCCCAGACGAUGAGUCAACUCCGAUGAUCAAGUCGAUGUUACAGACAGAUGCCCAGCACACGUCCUCAUCUUCACGUCAAAUCCCGGGGUCACGCAAGCGCAAAUUGGCAACCCCAGAGAUUCAAGUCCCAGCAUCACAAUCACUCGACCCUCCAUCCUCGCCUCCUUCGGUCCUACCUCAAGAGGAAGAAGAUCUGUACGGGUUACCAGCUGAAGAAGGGAGACCAGAACCAACACUCCCACGACAACGCUCUAUUCAGACACCGCAACGGCAGAUAGACAGCGACACUCUUGCGCCACCUCGGAGUAGCAGUCCGGUGAAACCCAAGGCACGCAAGACCCGAAGUAAAAAUACCGAAGUCGCUACGCGCCCUCAGCAAUCCAGGCGCAAGCAACUUUCUCCAGCGCCCUCGCCACUCUCAUCUGCUUCUACAAAUAUAUCACCAAUCAAGCCAGUCCGAUUAAAACCGCUCACGACAGCCACACUCCAAAAUCUGCUCCCGCGGCGGCGAGCUCGCCCAAAACCUAGAGGCGAAUUCGACAUCCCCAGCAGCAGCGAUGUCGAGCUUGACAACACCGGUCUUGGUGAGGAUGAAGAUGAGCUUAGUUUUCAUGCUACAACGAAGGUGCGACGGAAGAAACCUUUCCCCACUGUCCAGAAACGCGGAGGAAAAGCAAAAGACGUUCCGGGGAAGAGGAUGUCCAAGACUUACACAAAGAAGACCGCUGUGGAGUCUGACAACGAAAAUGACGAAGACGACAAUGACGACGGCGAGGAGGAGAACGAGAAUGGUGUUUUCAGCAGAGGCAGUAGGAAGACUCCUGCGUUGGAUGGCAAGGCAAAGGACGAGAUGAAGAGGCUGGCGGAUAAGUUUCGAGAGGUCGAUCAGUAUACGUUGGAUUUUGAGGAUAUGACGGGGAACAGUAGUAGCCAGAUGAAGGAUGCGAGAUGA